AGGGGUGAGGGUGAGGGGAGGGGGAAGAAGAGGAAGGGGGAGAGGUGCGACGCUGUGAACGUGCAUCAGAUGCUGCUGUCAAGAGAAGUCAAUGUGUCGAGGUUCGGUCGCUUUAGCGAGUCCGACAGGUGCCACCUGGCGCAGUCGUUUCUGCCGUGCGACGGCCCCAUGGUGAUGGACAGGGUGGCCUCACGGGCGUACAUCGGGCAGUUCAGCGGCGAUGGGGACCUCUUUGUGGCUGGCUUCCAGGACCGUCGGAUUCGAGUGUACGAUGUGGAUCGGGGGUGGGCUUUAAGGAAGGACGUGAUUGCCCGCAACCUAAGGUGGACUAUCACUGACACUGCUCUCUCGCCCGAUCAGCGCUUCCUGGUCUAUGCGUCCAUCACGCCCAUCGUGCAUUUGGUGAACGUCGGUUAUGGGUCUGGAGAGGUCGAAUCUCUUGCUAACGUCACGGACAUUCACGAGGAACUUAAUUUCACAGCGGUGGAGUCGCGGCGCAGGGAGCGCAGCUUCGGCAUCUGGUCACUCCAAUUCUCAUCCGACGGCCGGGAGCUCAUAGCAGGCAGCAGCGACCGCUCGCUCUACAUCUUCGAUUUGGAGCGCAACCAGCCGAUUCUGCGAGUUAAAGCCCAUCAGGAUGACGUGAACGCAGUGGCGUUUGCUGAUGAAACCUCGCAGCUCAUCUUCUCUGGCAGCGACGACCGCAUCUGCAAGGUGUGGGACCGCCGCCUCAUGGACAACACGGAGCCCAUUGGACCGCCUUCUCUCAGGGACGCUGCUGCUGCGGCUGCUUCUUGUUCUUCCUCUUUCUCUCCUCCUGCUGCUGCCAGUGAGGGGGUGAGAGGGAGAGGAGGGGUUGCUGUUGCUGCUGCUGGUGCUGGUGCUGGUGGUGCUGGUGGUGGUGGUGGUGGUGGUGGUGGUGGUGGUGGUGGUGGUGGGGGUGGGGAGAGGCAGGGAGUGGGGAGUCGGAACAAGCCGGUGGGGGUGCUGGUGGGACAUAUGGAGGGCAUAACGCAUCUCGUUUCUAAAGGGGAUGGCCGCUGCUUCCUCACCAACGGCAAGGACCAGACGAUGAAGCUGUGGGAUAUACGUGUCAUGAUGGACGCUGCUGCUUAUGAAGACCUCCCUGCUCCGCGCAUCCCAAUCUUCCAGUGGGACUAUCGGUGGAUGGACUACCCUGGCAGGGGCAUGAAGCUGGCCCACCCCAACGACCAGUCCCUCAUGACCUACCGCGGCCACCACGUGCUGCAGACGCUCAUCCGCUGCUACUUCUCGCCCCUGCACUCCACGGCGCAGCGGUUUGUCUACUCUGGAUCACACGACGGGGCGGUGUAUAUCUUCGAUUUGCUCACAGGCAAGCAAGUCUCUAAACUGCAGUACCAUGACGCCACAGUCCGCGAUUGCUGCUGGCACCCCACCCGGCCAGCGCUGGCGUCGGUGGGGUGGGAUGGAAAGGUGGCACUGUGGGAGAGCUGUCACGGGGACACUCCCCCUGAGUGCAAGAAGAUACGGCAGAUCCCUGUCACUGUCCGUGACGAUUUAUUCGAAGACUAGGGUGGGAUGUGAUGGUGGUAAGCUGGCGUUGGUGGGGGUAUUGGAAAGGACAAGCAUGAGGUCACUGGCGUCAGUGGGGUUGGGUGGCAAGGUGGCGCUGUGGGAGACCUGCCGCGGAGACACCCCUUUAAGUGCAAGAAGAUUCGGCAGAUCCCUGUGACGGUGCAUGAGGAUUUAUUUGAUUACUACAAGAGGAGGAGGAGAAGGGGGGGAAGUGGCAGGGUGAGAAUGGGAGUGCUGGCGUCGGUGGGGUGCGAUUAUGGGAUAGUCAAGCCAAGGUGGCACUGUGGGAGAGGUGCUAUGGAGACACCCCCCAUGAGGGCAAGAAGGUACAGGAGAUCCCAGUGACGGUGCAUGAGGGCAUCUGUGAUGACUAUGUGGGGGGGUGUGUCGGUGGUGGUAAGCUGUAGUUGGUCGGGGUGUUGGAAAGGAGUACUUAGGGGGCUCUGUUCUGCUGUAGCACUGUACCUAGGGAAUCUCCUGUAGGGCUCCUGCCAAGGCAUGUACAGUGCAGUUGCUUUUAUCUGAUCUGAUAACUUGCAUAUUCUGGCAAUUCCUACAAACUUCUUAAGGAUAGCCAUACAGACUACGAG